CUCGCGUCAAAAUAUACCUGGAUCAGGAAAAUCAACAAGCGCAUCUUCAGUUGAGUGUUUCUGCUUGAUUCCGUGGUUAUGAGCAGUUCCAUGGCGGGGUCGGCUACCUCCAGUUCUAAAGAGCGCUCAGCCUCCAGGACCAGCUUCAUCCCAGAGCUGCAGAGCAUGUUGUUUGCUCUGGGAGAUGCUCGCAGGCCUCUGUAUGAAACUGCUGCACUGGUAGAGGACAUUGUUCACACACAGCUCAUUAAUAUGCUGCAUCAGGCCUGUGAGGGUGCAGCACUUCGUGGUUCAAGGGUCAUUUCAGCGGAGGACAUCCUGUUUCUGAUGAGGAGAGACAAGAGGAAACUGGCACGAUUAUUAAAAUAUCUUCAGUUUAGAGAUUACAAAUCCAAACUACUAAAAACUGUAGAGGAAGAAGACAUGCAGCAGGAGCCAGGUGGUCCAACUGCUGGUGGAAAUCAGCGCAGGCAGCGUCUGGCCCAGGACUUCCUGGCAUGGAUGGAUCAAACUGGUGAAUUCCUUUCAUUGGCUGAGAGACAGGAAGUUGACCCAGUCAAACAGGAGAGGAUGGAGCGUUUGGAGCGACACACUCGAAACAUGGAUCCAGCUCAGUACACAGAGUUCUGCGAGAGUCGACAGCUCAGCUUCGCCAAAAAAGCAUCAAAGUUUCGGGACUGGCUGGACUGCAGCAGCCUAGAGCUCAAACCCAACAGUAUCGCCACAGAGGUCCUCUCAUACCUGGCCUAUGAGACAGUUGCACAGAUUGUAGAUUUAUCUCUAUUAGUGAAGCAGGAGAUGACUGUGAAGACUAAUCCUAUCAGCCGUGUGAUCUCCGCCAGCUACAUCCAAUACAACACACCCACUGAGGUAAAGAAGGAUCCAGAUUCACCUGAAGCCACACCCCCGUCAACUCCAGGCUCCUCCCACUCAUCAAAGUCCCUCCAGGGGAACGGAAGCACCGACAGCAGAGCCAGACAGAGGAAGCGGAAAAAGAGCUCUCCAGCCACAGUGGAGCCUCCUAGUGGAGCCAUCCAGCCAUGUCACAUCAGAGAGGCCAUCAGAAGAUACAACUACAGACACACAAGUGGAUACAGGAAGAGUGGAAUGGCAUUCCUUGCCUGCUGAUGCAACACUAUACCCAUUUUCUUGUACGUUGUUUGGUUCAUUUUAAAGUAAUAAACACUUCUCAAACAUGUA